UGUCCGGACAUGUAGGUAUCAUAGCGGCUUGGCCUUUGUUAGCGAGUCGGUGAGAAGCACCAAGAAAGCCAGAGGAGCCGCAUUCAUGCACUUACAGGAAGGAAAAUGAUCAUCUGCACGAAAAUCAUGGAUUAUCGCCUUGGAACCCAGUGUCAGUUUGUUCAAAAUCAGGUGAUGGUGAACUCUGAGAAAGACCGUGCUUCUCUCUUGUGUAUGAAGGCUCUGGCCAACAGGGGGCGUCUGGACACGGUGUCUCAGCAGAUGGCUUCUCACCCACAAUACCUGGAGAGUUUCCUGCGCACACAGCACUACAUCCUCUAUAUGGAUGGGCCAUUGCCCCUGCCCUACCGCCACUACAUUGCCAUCAUGGCUGCAGCACGGCAUCACUGUAGCUACCUGGUGUCUCUGCACUCAGCUCAGUUUCUGCGUGUGGGUGGAGAUCCGUUAUGGCUUCAGGGGCUGGAGGCUGCACCCCCACGUCUACAGCACCUUGACCACAUCAACAAGGUCCUGGCCCAUCAGCCUUGGCUCACGGCACGUUCGCACAUACAGGCUCUGCUCAAGACAGGAGAGCAGUGCUGGUCUCUGGCUGAGCUUGUUCAGGCGGUGGUUCUGCUGGCCCACUGUCACUCCCUCUGCAGUUUUGUUUUUGGCUCUGGUUCUGACUCUGAUGGCACUCCCACUCCCAGAGUGCAUCACGGCACACCCCCCGGUUACUGUCUCUGUGACGCUGCCAACGGCAACACGGCCUUAUCACCGCCCCCUGUUGGACCCACAGAGAAGGCAUCACGGCGAAGGUCUCUAGACUCCAGCUGCGAAGUUGCUUGCCUUCUAGAACAAAUUCAAAAAUCACAGGAGGAGAUCAAGGAAAGAAAAGGAGACCGACUCCAUUCACAGACACUCCUACAUUCUGAUGUGGAGGAGGAGGAGGAGGCGAAGUUGUCUGCAGACCCCUCCUGCUUCGUCACAGAUCCAGAAUUCGGCUACCAGGAAUUUGCCAGACGGGAGGAGGACGAUUUCCAAGUAUUCCGGGUGCAGGACUAUUCAUGGGAGGAUCAUGGUUUUUCGUUGGUAAACAGGCUCUACUCUGAUAUAGGACACUUGUUAGACGAGCGAUUCCGCAAUGUGGCUUCCCUCCCUUUCCCUCACAGUCCCGAUCUCAAACGAGCCAUCUGGAACUACAUUCAUUGUAUCUAUGGAAUCAGAUAUGAUGAUUACGAUUAUGGGGAAGUUAACCGGUUACUGGAGCGUGGACUGAAACUUUACAUUAAAGCUGUGGCCUGCUACCCCGACUCCAGCAAGACCCCGCUAUGGCCGCUGUCCUGGGGCCCUGUCAAAGCUUCAGAGAAGGUUCAUGUAAAUUUGUUAGUGAUGGAGGCCCGUCUGCAGGCGGAGCUGCUGUAUGCGCUUAGAGCCAUCACUCAAUACAUGAUCGCAUAAGACAGCGCCACAGAGGGACGUGGUACAAUGGAAAUCAAGGCAAAGAAAUGCAAACAGAGAUCUGUCUCUUCGUCUCUGUAUUUGUUGUCUCUGAGUUGACCAUUGUGACAUAAGGUACUGCUGUGAAAAGUUUCUUUCCCAAAGGUGAAACUUCAGAAAGAAAGAAAAAAGUGCAAAGCAAUCGCUCACCCUUACUGUCAUUUUGCAUGUGCUUCUCCUAUGUGAAUUUGUUAGUUGUUCUUUUGUUUUUGUUUUUUUCCUUUUUUAUUUAUUUUUUUAAUCUUUAUCCCAGGUGGUUAAUGUGCAAUUAUUUUUAUUCACUUGUUGUUGUUAUUAAUAUUUUCCCUCUUUUUUUUUUUCUGUUGCUAUUCAAUUGAGAGAAUUGUCCAACUGUCAGUUUUCCAAGGUAUCAAAUUCUGGAAAGGUCACUGUUUACAGGUAAUGACUGACUGGACAAAAGGUGCUUGCUUAACAUGGCUUCCAGAUAUUUCAUUUGAAUGUGGAACAGUGAGACCAGAGCAAAAUUGAACAAAGGGCAGGAGAAGUUACAACUUUGAGCACUUUUAAGAAACUAUCUAUCUAAAUAACAUCUCAAUAAGCUUUCGGCUGUGGCUUCGUUCAGCGCACGGCAGCUCGUCCGAGUACUGAUUUCACUUCUUCAGGGUGCGUUUCACAAAAGCAUCGUUAACCAACUAUGGUUGCAAGUUCCAUCGUUAUCAGCAUGAACGAGUCUGUGUUUCCCGAAAACAUAGUUCAUGGUUGGAACUACAGUUCUCGACCUGUGGUUCGAAGCAAAGUUUAUUGUUUGCAUGACAUCUAGACUCAAUAAAUCAUUUUCUUGAUUUCCUUUAUAAGCAAGCUAACAUUCAGUACAGUCUAUAUCUUUUAUUUAAAUUAGAAAUGUAAUUUACGUCUUUCAGUUUGUUUUAAGCUUUGUUAUUGAAGUGUGCUUACGAGCUCUAGUACGGAAGAACGAGCCUAUGAUUGAAUCUGGAAAUAAAUCAAAAUGAGCGAUAAUCCUCAGAUGCCAUGUCUGUAAUUUAUAGCAAAACAUCUAGCAUUAAUUCGAUGUCAAACAGAUUAAUUAAAAGACAUUCUUACUCCAACACCUGUCGUGACUAGCUAGAGUUACAUCGUACGGGAAACGCACCCCAGAUCAGUGUGCAUUGCUGGUUUUUUUUUCCUGAAAUCUUCCACAUGCUUUCCUCUCUGCAUGGGUGCUAUAAAGGUUGAUCAUGGAUACUUUUAUAGGAUCCAUUUUAAGUAAUCCCAUUCAUCUCAGUAGCCAUCUAAACCGCUUUACAGUGAACAAUUUGAAAGGAAUUGCAUUUUCUAAUCUACUUUAAAUUGUAUGUUUGCUUUGUGGUAGUGUUCUCAGACUUUCUCAGUUACUUAGGGCAGAAAGUCGGUUUCACCUGCUCUAUACGGAUUGGUCAAAUUAACACAGUAUGUAUUUGAUUUUGGAUGCUUUUUUCAAACUGUUUUAAAAGCAUUUAAAAACCUUCAAUUUUAAGUAAUUCACCCACUGAAUUGAUUCGGAAAGAAGCAUUGAUCGGUGAGAAGCACUGG